UUCAGCAGAAUGGUUGUAGUUAUGCUGUACAUUAGAUUGAUUGUCAUCGUAGCAAACGUCCACCACGAAGACUGCUGGUUCCUCUUCCGUACCUGCUGUUUUUGGCGUCGUUUAAUUUUAACGUAAAAAAAAAAUUAGAAGCGUCGAAUCUGCUACCACAGGGCGACGCAUCAAGGAAACAAACCAGAUUCAAAAUAGCCAGUGAGCAGGACACAUUGUCGUGCCUGUGCUACCGGUUAGUGCUGUGACUUGCUUAAACCAUUCACUUCUGUGAUCAAUGAAAUUUGGCGAAGAAUGGGCAUGAUUACCAGAGUAAGAGCAAGGCUGCAGAGCAUCAACACUCCGACAAAGCUAGACCCUCGCAUUCAGGACGAGAAGACAGCGCAAACAGUAUGCCUCCUUUCAGUGGUGCUACUCUUGCCCUACUUCGCACGGGGACAUGCCUCGGUGCUGGUCAGCAGCGUGGGGAUCGCGUAUUCCUGCCUUGUACUGCCCAUGGUCAUUUCUGCCAACUACAAGUAUUCCGUAAAUGGACUACGACCAAUGGUUCUUAAUAUCAAAGAUAAAUGUGACUUCAUAAUAAAACCUAUUACAGCAUUUGCUUGGCGUGUAUAUGCUCCUCUGGACAGAACUGAAAAGCUCUUUAUGAAGAUGACUAAUAUUUUCACAAUGGUGAAUCAGUUGGUGUUUUUCAUGUUGUGUGACCGAGUGCUGGUACCUGGACAGCGGGUGACUUGCCUCUACUCUCUCAUGUUCUAUAACGUCAUCGCAUAUUGUGUCUCAUACAUCAAGGAACUGAUUGAUAAAGAAGACUGGUCACCUUACGUCACAAUGACAGAGCACUCCAACAUCAAGCACCUUGCCAUGUCAGCAACAAAGAUUGUGUUGGAAUGGACCAAGGCAGUGACCUUCAUCAUUACUGUAGUUUUCAUGCUGCUAGUGUUUGGGCUGGAGCAAGGACUAGAGCAUUAUCAUCCUACCUCAAUCUACACUGCUGUCACAUGGUUCUACUACAUGGCAACUGAAAAGGUCUUUGUUGAUAACUUCCCUUCUCUCCUCCUCUUCCUACAACUCAAUGUCCUGGAAUCUUUAGAAAUUCUGUGGGCUCCAGUCAUACUCCGAACAUUUACCAUUGCCCUAACCCUACUUCUUUCAAUUCCCCUUAUUGCAUAUGGACAAUACCGCUUUGUUUUCACAGUAUUGUAUCUAAAUGCCUUCCUACGAAGUAAGGAGAUGGUACUCAACAGUUUGAGAAUUCUCAAUAAUGAACGUGCUGUGAUCAACCAAUAUCGUUAUGCUACAUCAGAUGAGUUGGCUGCUUUUGAUGAUGUGUGUGCAGUUUGUUUAAGUCCCAUGCGAUUGGCUCGUAUUACACCUUGCCAUCAUAUAUUCCAUGGUGAUUGCCUUCGUCAGUGUCUCAAAGCCUCUGACAACUGCCCCAUUUGCAAACGUGAACUUAAAUUUGAUUAAGUUCCAAUUUGUAAAAGAGCUCUGAGAAUGACUGAUUUAACAAACGCAAAUGUAAUGGUCCAAAUAAUAUGUCUGGCAUAUCACAGGUAAUAUGCAAGAAUGGUUAGCUAUAAAUGUUAGUAUUUACAAUAGGUAUACAUUUCAAAAGUGCUUUCUAUGUUUUUGUAGUUAAAAGGAGUACAUGAAUUGAACAAGCUGCUGACUGUCUGUGAUGAUUAUACUAUGAAAUUUCAGCAGUAUGGAAGUCACAGCUCACUCAUCAGUCUCUUUAGGUUCCACAGUGGGAAUAUUCAGGUUUGUUUAGACACACAUCUGAUAAUAGAAAAACUGAUGGAACCAACUACCACAUCUGCAUUGUCAGGCUCUAUAUUUCUCCUAGGAAUUAAAAGGAAGAAGGACAUGAUAUUACAUUUAAGGUUAUUUCCCUGUGCAAUAUACAGAAAACUGAUUCAUUUUAGUGCAUUUGUGCUUACAGAUCUAUGGAGCAACUAAAUUCCACACUCCACAAACAUGUAAAGUAGAUCUCCCAUAGUAUGAGAGUUACAUUCCUACAAAAGGCUCUCUUAAGUACCUUUGCACAGAAGUCAAUAUGAAAUAUGGGUAUCACGGUAUAGUUUAGAAUAAACUGUAUUCAUGAAAACAGUAUGCAUUUCUUGGUUCUUAGUAAGCGCAAAGGGUGGCAUGUGGAACUGACAAAAACAUCAGGGCACUUACAGAAAAAUCUUCUGUCUCACAUUACAUAAUUCACAAUCAGCAACAGUGAUGUCAAAUGUUAAGUUCUUGUGAAAAAUUAUCAUGUGCAAUAUAUUUCUGCAACAUGCAUGACCCACAUGUAUUUGAUUUUGUCCUUCCAAAAAGAAGGUAAAACAGACAAAACUUAUUUAUUUCUGUUUACAAGUUAACAUUUCAAAUUCCUUAUCAAACUCUUGACUCAAUUUCAGCAAAGUAAACCAUAUGGUGUCAAGAUAACUGCUUUUAACUGAUCUAUCAGCCUCCUCUUAUACCCCCAUGAAAGAAACAAAUGAUUAACAAAUUUACCUCCAAUAACCCCUUUACAUACAUGUCACUUUCAAGCGACAUAAAACAUGGCAAUGAAACUUAUUUUGCCCCACUAUACAAUAAUAUAAAAUAAUGCCAGAUUUCUGCUGUAGUCAUUGUUUAUGAUCUGACAUGGUCUGAAGGAUGAUGCAUACAUAUUCCAAUCAAUAUUCUUAAUGCAUAUUAAACAAUCAGGCAUAAUGGCAAAGAAUUUACAGGUACAAGAGUCCCACACAGGCACAUACACACACAUUCUCUCUAGGUGAUUCUGAUCCCAUGUACUUCUUACAGACUUAAAAACUCCUCCACAUUACACUGUAUGAAAACUAUAUAGUGAUCAUUUUUAAGGUCAUUGUGUCUCGCAUUACCUAAGAGGCCAUCAUCAACUUCUGGUAACAAUGCUGUCCCAAUCUUAUUAUAUGCUCUUAAAUAAACACAACGAGGCUAGUGAAGUGCACCAAUAAAUAAAUAGAUAUCUUUCAUGUAUAUGAGUAAUGAAAAAAUCCAACUCAGUAGUCAUUACCUCAAAAUGUACGACAAUGUUUUGUCAUAAUACAGUGUGUCCACAAAGUCCCUUUGGGGUUCUGAAAAAUUGUGGCGUGCAAACAAAUUGAGCUAUCCACAUGUGGUUCAUGGCAGAUCAUAGUGAAACUCUGGAAAUUUUUUACUGACCUCAGUAGACCUUGAUGUGGGCUCCUCUGGUAGCACAGAGAACAUCCAGACAAUAUUCGAGCUCUUGCCAUGUUCUGUGGACCAUGUCUGCUGGAAUAGCCGAGAUCACAUUCCUGAUACAGGUCUUCAUGUUAUAAAGUCCGUUAACUGGUAUUCGGAACACACGACAUAUCCCCACACAUAUCAGGAAUGCAAUCUUGGCUAUUCCAGCAGAUAUACUCCACAGAAUUUGGCAAGAGCCCAAAUAGUCUGGACGUUCUCCAUGCUACCAAAGGAGUCCACAUCAAGGUCUACUGAGGUCAGUAAAAAACUUCCAGAGUUUCACUAUGAUCUGCCGCAAACUGCAUGUGGCUAGCUCAAUUUGUUUGCAUGCCACAAUUUUUCUAAACCCCGAAGGGACUUUGUGAACACACUUUACAUUCAUCUCAUUAGUUGUUACAAUUUUGCCUGAAAUUUUUUCUGAUCCACUCAUUUACUGAAAUAACACAUUUCUUUGUGAAGUAGUAGUCACUGUUGACUAGUUUUGUAGGCAAAUUUUAGUAAUAGCUGAAUAUCAAAUACAAUAAAAUCAGUUAAUCAAAGUAGAAAUUACUACAAACUAGUGGCUGUAGAGGGAGACAUAUAUAUAUAUAUACACACACACACACACAUCAAUUAUGCCAGUAGCCUGAAUCUCUGUGGUACAGCUAGAUGGGAAGAGCAUCUGAUUCUUCCACCUGAACAACUCAACAAUUUGCCAGAAGGUCUAAGAUGACUGUAAUAUAAAAUGGAAUUUAAUUUAAGCUCUUCUCUCAGGAUUACCAGAAAGGGUUACAGGAAGGUUACAAUGACUGUCUUGGCAUGCAACAAAAACAAGAUGGAAAA